GCAGAACUAAAGUGGGGAAGGGUUAGCCAUCCCAAUCUUGUUAAACUCUUGGGGUAUAGUUCAGAAGGCAGAAUGCGUGUGCUCAUACACGGAUACAUACCAAACAGAAACUUCCUAGACAUUUUUCACCGCCGUCGAGUUGCAUGGGAUAAAACAAUGAAAAUUGCCAUUGGAGUAGCCAAAGGCCUUGCUUUCUUGCAUACUGACAAGAGGACCCCUCUAUAUAGGACUUUCAAUGCCUCAAAUAUUUUAUUAAAUGAGGAUGAUGAAGCACAGCUCUAUUUUGGAUGGGCAUCAUUAUCCCGGGUUCGUGGAUCAUUUUCCACCACUCGUUACAACCCUCCUGAGUACAUGGCUACAGGUUGUUGGUAUGUCAAGAGUGACGUCUAUGCCUUUGGAGUGACGAUGUUGGAUAUGAUAGCAGGGUUAGGGUUUUUGGAUAACAAGCAGUGCUCCUCACCAGAGAGUUUAAUGGAGCGCGCUACACCCAUUUUAUCUGAUAAUUACAUACUGCACGAAAUCUUCGAGAAGCGGUUGGGACAAGGUAACACUCCGAAAGGAGCAAUCAAAGUAGCUGAGCUCAUCCUAAAUUGUCUCAAAAUCGCCCCAAAAAACCGACCUUCAAUGAAAGAAAUUGUAGCUACCUUAGAAGGGAUUAAUGCCAUUGAGAUAAGAUGAAGCGCCCAAAUAUGCAUCGGUCAGUCAAAUACUCAAAAGACUAGAGACAGAGAGCAAAAAUUGGUGUUAAACAUGCAAAAAUCCAUUAAUAGUUGGCAAUAUUUAUAGCGAUGGAGAGUACUGCUCGAUGAUAGUUUUGACAAAUGGAGUUAAAUGAUCGGUUGGUAAAUUAGUAGAGUUACCAAUGGUGCUGCAUCCAUUGGUGUUUUUAAGGAUUCAACAACUCAAUGUAAAUAUUUUUUGUAGAACCUUUGUAAAUAUCUUAAAGUUGUCCAUUCAUUUACUUGACUAUUUGUACAUUAUCACUUUAUUUUACAC